GGCUCUGAUGAAAGUGCUGACUUGUAUCAAGUAGAACUCAACCGUGGCUCACGUGGGUUUGGAUUCUCCAUCAGAGGAGGCAGAGAGUUCAACGCAAUGCCACUCUAUGUUCUAAGGAUAGCUGAGGGUGGAGCAGCAGACGUUGAUGGGCGGCUGAGAGUCGGGGAUCAGAUCUUAGAGAUUAAUAACUUCCUGACAGAAAACAUGACACACACAGAGGCAAUAGAAAUUAUUCAAAAUGGUGGACUUAAUGUGAAGUUGCUGAUGUGCAGAACAAACAAACCGCCUCCUUUGUUUGAAGGCCCUCCUGCCUCUCCAAGCAGUCUGACCUCGGGUGCUCCUUUCCUGCCCAAUAUUCCACCAAUGGCCAAUGGUCCCAUCAGCCACAGUUCCCCCCACAUGGCUCGCAGACAACUGCAGCAUCAGCAGUCAUUUCCCCCUCCACCUCCAGAGCUGCAACAGCCUCACAAUGACAGCUUCCAGAACUACCCACCACCACCAUAUAUGACACAGGUGACCCUACCACAACAGCAGCAGCAACAACAACAGCAACAACAACAGCAGCAGCAGCAACAACAACAACAGCGACAACGGUUCAACAACUACUGA